AACGUUCUUCCCAUCAUCCGCAAGGAGGUCAACGUGAGAAAGGAGAGCGUCAUUGGAAAAAUCUUUCUUUCUUACUUUCAGUAAAGUGGAGACCCCUCAUCCCAGCCGCCGCUCUUUCCUGAAAUCCCUACCUUUCUCCAAAACCCUAGAAGUGCGGUGAAGCAGAGUGACAAUGGUGGAGAAGACGAAAGGAAGGAAGGAAGAGGUGGUUACCAGAGAGUACACCAUCAACCUUCACAAACGCUUGCAUGGAUGUACAUUCAAGAAGAAGGCUCCUAAUGCCAUAAAGGAGAUCAGGAAGUUUGCACAGAAAGCCAUGGGAACAAAAGAUGUCAGGGUUGAUGUCAAGCUGAACAAGCAUGUCUGGAGCAGGGGAAUCAGAAGUGUUCCAAGGAGGAUUAGGGUUCGCAUUGCCCGUAGGAGAAAUGAUGACGAAGAUGCAAAGGAGGAGCUAUACUCCCUCGUCACUGUUGCAGAAAUUCCAUCAGAAGGACUCAAGGGUUUGGGUACCAAGGUCAUUGAAGAUGAUGAUUAAUUGUCUAUCUAUGGAACUUGCUUUUUAUUAGCAGAACAAAAACUUACAUGGGAGCUUUGCCUAGUGAAGUAUGUUAUGAGACAGACUAAUUUUGUUGGUUUAUUGUUGUUUUGAUGGUUAAAUUUUGUUACUUAAAAUUUUUCCUAAGUGAAAGUUGUUUAAUUGCUCUAUCAUGAUAUC